AUGACAACUACAAAAAUUAAACUGUCUUCAUUUCCAAUGAGUGACAAGAAUCAUAAUGUUUCGUUUGAAGAUGACCAAUUAAAACCUACAACAACAUCAAAAGGUCCAAAGGGUAUUACUUUUUCUGGUGAAACUUUUAUUGUCCCAGAAACUCAUGAUAUGGUUGAGGCAUUAUUUGAUCCAACUAUUAAAAAAUCAAAUUUAGAAAUUAUAAUAUUAGGAUGUUUAUUAUCUAAUUUAUUAGUAUUUUUAAUUCCACUGAAUCAGUUAAGAAUUGGAAUAUUUGUUGGAUUAUAUAUUUUUUGGAGAUUGUCUUAUAAUUUUGGUAUUGGUUGGUUAUUACAACAACAAUCAAUUAAUAAUAGAUUAGUUAAGUGGGCAACAAAUGGAAAAGUUUUUGAUUUAAGAAAUAAAUCAUUUUGGGCUAAUUUUUUACAAAAUGAAUUGAAAUCUCAAAGAGGUGAUGACUACAAAAUUGAUUCAUUACCAAUAGAGUUCAAUACUUGGUUAAUUUAUAGAAAAUUUGUUGAUUUGAUUUUAAUGAGUGAUUUCACUACAUUUUGUUGUGUCGUUUAUGCUUGUGGAAUUGCCAAUUCAAAAGAAUUUUCAAAUGUUUGGACUGUUUAUUUAAGAGUUAUAGUUGGUUUAGGAUUAAUUUUAUUUAAUUUAUGGGUUAAAGUUAAUGCUCAUAAUACUAUCAAAGAUUAUGCUUGGUAUUGGGGAGAUUUUUUUUUCAGACAAAUCAAUAAUGAAGAAUUAAUUUUUGAUGGAGUUUUUGAAAUGGUACCACAUCCAAUGUAUUCAGUUGGUUAUAUUGGUUAUUAUGGAUUUGCAUUAAUUGUAAAGUCUUAUACUGUUUUAGCAAUCGCUUUAUUUGGACAUUUCUUACAAAUGAUUUUCUUACAUUAUAUUGAAAAUCCACAUAUUGAUAAAAUCUAUGGGCCUUCUAAAAAUGAAAUCAAUUUGGUUAAAAUAUUGAAAUUAAAAGAUUUGAAAAAUUUUGAUAAUUUAUCACCGUUAGUUGGGUUAUAUAAUUUUAAUUUAAUGAGAGCAAGUGAUUUUUUAAAUUUGAUUUUGGUAGUUACUUAUGGUAUUAUAAUUCCAAUAUUAUCUAAAAAUUCAUACAAAAUAUUUUUUAGUUUAACUGUGGCAACAAAAUUAUUAGAAAGUUUUAGUAUCAGUAUUUUAUUAGUUUUACAAAGUUACUCCAAAUUUUUCACAAAAUGGUGUCUUUCGAAUGAUAUACCACUUGAAAAAUCCUUAAACAAUUGGGCAAUAAUUUACAACACUUUAAUCAAUUUAACUUAUUCAUCAUUAUUUGGAUUAAAUGUUAUAAAUGUAUUACAAAACUCAACAGAUUACCUUUUCAAAGAUUUGUUUUACCUCAGAUUAUUCUUAGGGUCAUUGUUGAUAUUCACUCAAACUUGGAUUAAUGCAUCAAUAAUAGAUCUGAUUGGUUAUUUCGGUUGGUUUUAUGGUGAUUUUUUUAUUCCAAAAUCCCAAAGUUUUACAAACCAUAUAACAAAAGCCGGAGUAUAUCGUUACUUAAACAAUCCUGAACAAAUAUUUGGAGUUUGUGGAGUUAUGGGAGUGUUUUUAAUUUUCCCAACUUACGAAAAUUUAACUUUAUGUAUAAUGUGGGUUUUAAAUAAUUUCAUUCGUAUUAAUUUUAUUGAAAAAUGGCAUAUGAUUAGACUUUAUGGAGAAAAUGAAGUUAAUCAAGAUUCGGGAGUUACCAAAACUUUCAAAAAGCAUUUAAUUCCAGAUGUUAUUCAAAGAAGAAUUAGUAAUGAUGAACCAUUGAGAAGAAAAAGUUUUGGUGGUCAAAAUUUAGCUGAUUCAUUUGAUAAUUUUAUUAGAGAUUUAAGAAAUUCUAAAACAAAAUUAUCACAACAAAAAUUAAUUGAAUUAUCACAAAAUUUAUCAUUUGCAAAUUCUGAAUACAAGUUGGUUCUUGAAGGUUUGAAACAAGAUGAUGACAAAAAAUCUAAAUAUACAACUAUUGGCUCUCCAAUUACUGUUAAAUGGCAAUCACCAACCACUGCACAUUCAGAUAAAGAUUGGAUUGGAUUAUAUAAAAUUGUACAAACCACAUACUCAAGAAACAAAACCAUCCUUUCAUCAGCUGGUAGAUGGACAAAUUGUAAAGAUUUUUCUGGUUCAGUGGUUUUUGAUAAAGAAAAAUUAUUUUGGGAGGAAGGAGUUUAUGAAUUUAGAUUUCAUUUAGAUGGUAAACAUGAUGUUGCAUAUAUUUCAGAACCUUUUGAAAUCAAAUGUGAUAAAUUGGAUGUACCAAUUGAUGGAGAUGAAGAAAUUGAAUUCACUAAUAAAUUAAAAGCAAAAGUAUUUGAUAAAGUUUUGGAUAUUGAUACCACCACAACUUCAAUACAAUCAAUUGCAACUCAAUCAGAAAAUGUAUUAAAAGUUUAUAAUUUAUUAAGUUCAUUAAUUUUCCAAACUACUGGUAUAUCAAUAAAUUCCAAAAUCUUUAUAAAUAAUGAUAAUAUAACAAUUGAUGAUGUUUCUAAAAAAUUAAUUGGUAUAAAUAAAGUACUUAAUGAAUUAUCAUAUGAUUUGACUGUUAAAAAAAAUGAAUAG